AUUGUUGUUUUGAAAUUAUUUUAAUUCAUUUAUAGGGAUGCUUUGGAGGACUCAUUGUGUUGUUUUGGAUAAUUUCAAAAAGAUUAGUUUGAUAAUUAAAUGUAAUAUUUAAGUGGUUCCUUAAUUAUUUAAUUAUGAAGUUAUUUGUGUUUUUAAUUUUUGCUGGUUGUGCAGUUAGAUGUGAUGAGUCUGGUAACUACUACGUAAUAGAACGGCCGUCAGACGCGCCCGUCCGAGAAGUUAGGCCGUUUCAAGUAUACUGGAACGUGCCCACCUUCCAGUGCAAAUCCAAGAAGAUCCUUUUCGAAAACCUGUUCGAAAAGUACGGGAUUAUACAGAACCAGAAUGACAAUUUUCAGGGAGAGCAGGUCACAAUUCUGUACGACCCCGGCCUCUUCCCCGCGAUCCUGCAGGAGGAGAGCAGCGGCAAGCUGAGGACCCGCAACGGCGGGGUCCCGCAAGAGGGGGAUCUGGAUGAGCACCUCACGGCUUUCCGCUUCGUGCUGGACCAGGCCAUACCGGACCCCGACUUCAGGGGAAUCGCCAUAAUAGAUUUCGAGUCCUGGCGUCCCGUUUUCCGCCAGAACGCCUGGGGUGUGCUGACCCCGUACAGGAACCUGUCGUUACAAAUAGAGAGACAGCGGCAUCCCUGGUGGACGAAGACCAUGUUAGAGAGUGAGGCAAAACGGCGUUUCGAGCGCGCCGGACGUGAGUUCAUGCAGGCAACUGUGGCGCUUGCUCGCCUGCUGCGGCCGCAGGCCAAGUGGGGAUACUAUGGGUUCCCGUACUGCUUCAACAUGGCGGGCUCUAAGCCAGUGGAAACCUGCCCUACUAUCGUACAGCAAGAAAAUGAUCAGAUAUCUUGGCUUUGGACAGAGAGUACGGCGCUCUACCCUUCAGUGUACAGUUCGAAGAACUUAAGCUCAGCUCAACUAGCAGGGCUUAUACGCGGUAGGGUGGCGGAGAGCGCGCGUGUGGGCCGUGGGGUGCCUAUACUACCCUACUUUUGGUUCAAGUACAGGGAUGCCGGAUUUAUGUCAGAGGUGGAUUUAAAAACAGCACUAAAAGCGAUGUAUAAAUCUCACACUUCUGGAUUUAUAGUAUGGGGAAGUUCUAACGACGUCAAUUCGGUUACAAAGUGCGAAAAACUUAAAACUUACUUGGACUAUAUCCUCGGACCCGAAAUAGCCAAAUAUACAAAACAGACAUACAAAAGAGACGACUCAAAUACUAUUAGGCAUGAUACGAUACCAAAUAAUGUCACUACACAAAAUCCAUUGUUUUUUAUAACUGGUGAUUCCAAGGAUGACGAAAAUCAGAAAGUGGAUUCUGAGAAUGAGGAAAUUAAUGAGAAAUCAGAAAAAAAUCUAAGCCAUCUUGAAGAUGAAAUUAUCAAUAGUACAAAUGAUUCUGCUAACGCUAAAAAUGAAAAUAAUAUUUUAUUAGAUAUCGUUUUAAGUUUAAUUGAAAACAUACACAAAAGUUACGAUAAAAAGGCAAUAGACGCUACAAUGAAGAAAGUUAAUAAGGAUCGAAAGAAAGGCACACCAAUUCACGAUACUUUUACACAAAUUAAUGACUAUGAGUUUGAUUUAACAACAAAGAGUCCCAUACAUCAUUUAAAUAAGAAAGGUACCCUUUUCAAUUUACUUUAUCCACCUAAAAACACAACAGCAUUUGAUAAGUUGGCAACUGAAGAAAAUGUAACUCCGGACUAUGAUUUUAAAUCGACUACAGCAGAAAUUACCUCAACCACAGAACACAUUUUAGGUACGGAGCACAAUUUCAUGUCUACUACAAUAGACAUGUUGUAUGAUAAUGAUAACUUGACUGUUUUUGAUAAACGAGAUUCAUUUUUAGAUAAGGAUUUUAAUCACACUACUAUUAGUGAAAUUGACACUGAAAAUACCAGUACAGAUUCCUACAAACAAGAUGAAACUACGGCACCGAUAUUUUUUGAUUAUGACUUUAAUUACACUACGAUUAGAGAAAAGAGUAUAGGCAAUGCCGAGACUGUUUCCACUAAAAUAGACGAAACCACAGUACCGAUAGUUUAUGAUAAUGCAAUGAAUUACACGAUAUCUGCGGAUACUACAGCUGAAAAUUCUUAUGACAUUCAAAGUACAACAGAAUCAGAAAAGAGAUCUGCAAAUGGCGGUGUAUUCAGUACGGCUGAUACGACGACAACUGAAGACGACGUAAUUAACGAUACUGCGACUGAUGAUCCUGAUUAUCAGGUACCUGGGUCUUCACAAGUUGACAGAAAGUACUUCAUUUGCUUAUUCUUCUACUUCUAUUUGGUGUUUAUAUGCCUUUGUGAUAUGUGGUCAGUGUUAAGACUAUAGUUUUAGAUGUAGUGGCCGGUGUCUUCUUAAAUGUGCUUAUUAUCUGUGAUAUAAUAUUAAAUAUUAAUUAAUGUAAAUAUGUAUAGAGUCAGUACAAUGUACUUCAUUAAAUAUUGUUAGAGAUGUUACUAUUUUGAGUAAUAAAGUUAAUUUAAAAAAUAA